CAUCAAGAGUUAAUGUAAAUAACAGCAGAGACAUAUGUGUUGGUCAGCUGUGUCCUAGGGAGUUGUCAUAAAGACCUCUGAAAACAUGGAAACACUGCAGUCAAGGAAAAAGAAUCAAAGCCUAAUAACUCUUGUUUAGCAGAGAGUUUAGUUUCAGCAAGUUACCUACACCAUAAUGUUUAACAAACUGUGCUUUUAACAACCUAGGCACACAGCAAAGGCAGUGCAUAGUAAUUACUUUCUUUUCAAAGGAUUGCUUUGUGAGGCAACUGCUACCUUCACUCUGAUGUAUGCAGUUAGGAAAUAAAAGUGUUGGCCCUUUUGAGAAAGAGGAGAGGGGGCAAUGGUUAUUACUCUGGCCUUUUCUAAACUUCAUAAUACCUAAUUGCACCCUGUGGAAGGAUUUUGUUACCCCCCUGCCUGGCCUUGCAAGUGUACUCUACAGAAGAAAACUUGUGUGGGGAGGAAUGUGGCACCAUUUUUGUAUUUGUUUAUUAGUGGGUGUGCAGGUGACAGACAUCCUGACAGCAAAAGGAAGGCCAGCUUGUCCCAAGUUGGUUUUUGAGCAGUUCUAAUAGUGUGCCUGGUUUCCCAGUUCUCUUUGGUGGCCAUCUUGGCUGAGAUGCAGCAUAUGAUGGCUGCUGGGAGAUGGUAUAGAGCCAUAGUUCACAGGUUCAGCACCAAAUUUAAGGCUUCUGCUUUACUGCUUAAUAAUAGUUCAUUAGUAGGUCCAGGGGAAAACAUUCAAUGAAUUCUGUAUAUUGUUACAGAGUAGUGAAUUUAGACAUUCAGUGAAACAUGCAGAUUUUAUUAUACAGUGCCUUCAUUGUGCUUGUUUCUGCAGAAAAAACCCCACCCCAGGGAAGAACUUACCAUUUGCUCUGGGUUUUUUCUUUUUCUGAAGCAACACUGGUCCCUACUCCUAUUUCCACCACCCUAGCCAUUCCCUUUGGAUGCAGUAUGAUGGAUUUGGUUCAGUGCCUCAGGGUACUUUGUCAAUUGACUUUUGAGGUAGUGGGUGUUUUGUCUCUACUGGACAUGUGGUUGCCAGCCAGUGGCAUCUUCACGUUUGCUUAUUACCUGCCUGAGUUUUAAGAAUGCCAGAGGCAACCCUAGUGCAUCUAAAUAUUUCCAGAGUUGUUCACAGUUUACUGAAAGCUUUAGUGAAUUUCCUCCUGGCAACAAUUCUUUUAUUCUACAGUUUCUACUCUGCUACUUGGAAUUGUGGAACCUGGUCUAGAUUUUGUACCAGAUUUAUUAGAAUUCUGCCUUUUGAGGAGUAAUGAGAAUAAGCAUUGCUAGUUCCGGGGCCUUUUCUUUUGGGGAUCAUCUAGGUAACACAAAGAGGAGUUCUGUCUUUUUUGUUUUGCCAGCAUGAUAGUCAGUGAUCAGCUUUGCCUGUUGCUGUCACCCUAGCUGAGCUUUCUACAUGUUCCUACCUACAGUGAGCUCCAGCUGUUCUCAAAUGAUUUUCAGUCUCCGGGUCUACCAACUGUAAGCCCUUUUUUGUAAGCAUUUAAUAUUGCUUUUGCCUAAGCCCUGGGAGCAGAGCCAGCCUAUAGAGGCGUGGGCAGGAAGAGGAACUGAUCUAAAAUUGGAGUUUAUUUUCUCCUCACCUUUUAUCCACAUUACUUCUGGAAUCCAAUAUUGACUCCCCCAGUGCCCCUGCGCCCUCCUCUAGCAGACUGUUUUCCAAGAGCAGUAGCAAUUGAAUCUUGGAGAGGUUAAGUUGUCCUUCAAAGGUUAAGCUUCUAGUAACUGGUGUUCAGAGCUGGUUAAUUAUCUUUUCAUCAUCCAAGAAGAGGACUUAUUCUUCAUCCAAUGAAUGACCAGAGAAGAACUGUUUUCCUGUGUUUCUAAUUAUUGAAUACCCAGUGGAACCACCAUGUGAUGGCUUAUUUCUGUGGUCAACUUGAUUGGAUUAGUAUGCACUUAGCACAUUAAUGAGGCGCACACUUGAGUGUAUCUGUGAAGGUAUUUCCAGAGGGGCUUAACUGAAGACCCAUUCUGAUGUGGAUGGCAUUGGUGUGUGUGGGGGUCGUUUCCGGGCCCAGACUAUGUAGAAAAGGAAGAGAAAAAAGCCUGCUGAGUACCUGCAUUCUCUUUUCUCUGCUUGCUGUUCAGCACCAGAGACCAUGCCUCUCCAUGGUGGACUGCACGCUGCUGAACUGGGGACAUAUACAAACCUUUCCUUUAAUAAUGAUAAAAUGCUAGUUUUGGCUUUCCCCCUGCCGCCGCCAAGUUGUGCGGAGGCGGAGGCUCGGGUGUGUUUAAGAUUCAGCCUCACACGUAAUCCACCGCCAUGGCCGAGGAAGGCAUUGCUGCUGGAGGACUAAUGGACAUCAAUACUGCACUUCAGGAGGUGCUGAAGACCGCCCUCAUCCACGAUGGCCUCGCACGUGGCAUCUGCGAAGCUGCCAAAGCCUUAGACAAGCGCCAAGCCUAUUUCUGUGUGCUUGCAUCAAAUUGUGAUGAGCCCAUGUAUGUCAAGUUGGUGGAGGCCCUUAGUGCCGAGCACCUGAUCAACCUAAUUAAGGUUGAUGACAAGAAACUAGGGGAAUGGGUAGGCCUCUGUAAAAUUGAUCGAGAGAGGAAACCACGGAAAGUGGUUGGUUGCAGUUGUGUAGUGGUUAAGGACUAUGGCAAAGAAUCUCAGGCCAAGGAUGUCAUCGAGGAGGACUUCCAGUGCAAGAAAUGAAUAAAUAAAAA